CUCGAAACUGGGGUCGGCGAUAAUAAACCCAGCGUUACGGCCGCUACGUCGGUACAGUCGUCUGAUCUCUCGGAUUUCACAACAGAUACACUUCGAGUCCUGCCAUAAAUAGCUCACUUCGUUGGCGUCUCUGGAGAGAUGAACAACAACGGGAACAAGAGAGCUCCGACCACUGCCACUCAGCGAUUGAAGCAAGAUUACCUCAGAAUAAAGAAAGACCCUGUGCCUUAUAUCUGUGCUGAACCUCUCCCCUCCAAUAUUCUAGAAUGGCACUAUGUUGUCAGAGGUCCAGAGAAAACACCCUAUGAAGGAGGCUAUUACCAUGGAAAACUCAUCUUCCCACGGGAAUUUCCUUUUAAACCACCCAGUAUCUACAUGAUAACACCGAAUGGGAGAUUCAAGUGCAACACAAGAUUAUGCCUGUCCAUCACAGACUUCCACCCGGACACAUGGAACCCUGCCUGGUCUGUAUCCACCAUCCUCACAGGCCUGCUGAGCUUUAUGGUGGAGAAAGGCCCCACUCUUGGCAGUAUUGAGACCUCUGACUACACAAAAAGACAGCUGUCGGCCCAAAGUUUGGCCUUCAACCUAAAGGACAAGGUUUUCUGUGAGCUGUUUCCUGAUGUAGUCGAUGAGAUGAAGCAGAAACAGAAGGUCCAAGAGGAGUUGAGCGCACGCACUCAGCCCCUCCCGCUCCCUGAUGUUGUCCCUAAUGGUGACCCUCAACAUGCCCAUUAUGGCCUUCCUGCCCUAAAUGGAGGGCCUGUACCCUUGGGGGGUGCCAACCCUGCCCCUGGCCUCCAGCAGGCCAAUCGUAACCAUGGACUGCUUGGUGGGGCUCUGGCCAACCUAUUUGUGAUUGUAGGCUUUGCAGCAUUUGCCUAUACAGUCAAGUACGUACUGAGGAGCAUAGCCCAGGAGUGAGAGAAGCUGAUGAAUUAGGCAGGUGUUCACUAGCAGGGGAGCUACCUAAAUGGACUAGACAUUCUAAAAACACUACAUGGGGGAAGGACAAUUAGCCCCUGUUAAAACCCCUCCACCACCAACGCCACUACCACCAUGGACUUUGGAAAAUGGAAGUUCAAAGCCACCCACCCAGGAAUGAUUGGUGGGGAAGUGGACUGGAGUGGUUGUAGGGCUGGGGGAUUAGAGGGGGUUAUAAAACUGGUUGUGAUCCACUCUGCUUCAGUGGUUUAUCUCUAUAGCAGGUCACGCUUGGCUCAUGGGUUGUAGAAAUGGGAGUGUAUGGAUAGGCCUUGUUUGUUGGUACAGUCAUUUUGUCUUGGGCAAAAAGUUGAAAACUUUGUUAAUGUUGAUGCUGGAGCAUGGUGUUCUGUAUACAUCAUUCCACUCUGUGGCACCAUAUUGAACGUUAUCAAUGAAACCUUGUUUGGUUCAUUUCACAAGUUGGUGAAUGUCAAAAUGUGGGACUUUUGCCACAGAAAAUUAAAAUUCAGCAGGUGAAGCACACACUCUAGACUAUGAGAUGGCAGAAAGCAAUCAGCCACGGAUUUCACUUCGGGCGAAAGGCACCCGACGUAUUUCAAAGUACUGUUUUUGUGAACAACACUUACACAGUAGGAAUUGAGUACAAAGGUCUGGCUGGCAGACAGUCAAGUCUCCUUUUUUGUGACACAUUUCUCUUUCUGUCUGAACACUGUACAUUCAUAUCAAAACAAGGAAAGCCUGUCGUAGUUUGUCAACAGAAGGGAAGGGGGUUACCAAGAAGUUUAGUUUUGUAGUUUUAAUGAUAACUCCAUGUAUUGAGUUUUAUUCAGUUUUCCCAGAGCCUCUCGGCACCGUGAUCUUACUCCUCUGGCAAAUCCAGUUGUAACUCCUCACUUUAUAAAAGUCAGGCUAGGUUCAUGGAUCAACUUUGAGUUCAUCCUGGAAAAUGUGUAAUGGUUUGACAUGAUGAGACAUGUCGCACAUCAAAGGUGCCACUCGGGUAUUUUCCUUAGGCGUUAUUUCAAUGACUUUUCAGGUUUCCAUUCUACAAUCUUUAAUUACGUCCGUGUAAAGAGGUAAAUAAGUUUCACAUUAAAUUAUGCUGGAGAUGGGCAACUGUCAGUCUAUGAGCAGACAAAGCUCAAAUCUCAACAACAGCAUAUGUCUUAGAGGUGAAAAAUUCUUCCUUUGCCGGAAGUUAUGUGAAGUUGAGCUCUUCCAAAUUGAUCGAAUUUCCAAGUGCUUUCACGCUAAAACGAGCAUUUGUCACGGACAGAUGAACAAGGAAGUCUUGACUGCUGCUGGCAAAUGAUUUGUAGUUGAGCGAAUCACAGGGAACUGAGUUCUGUGCUUACUUGUGUGUGUGUGACCAAAUACUGAUGUGAGUUUACCUCUCAAGUCAACCCAUGAGCUAAGCAGUCAAUCUAGUCUGCUCAGAAGGAUUUAGACACCACCACCAUAUUAAAUUGGUUUAGCUGACCAGUAUAGCGAAACUAUAUCGGUCUAAAUAAAGAGAUACAAGAAGAGAAGCAACAUCUUUGUUUUUUUGUUUUUUUGGACAAGUUUUUGUUGAGUUCUCUUAUUUAUAAUUUAGCCUUGGCGAGUCCUUUUCAAAUGUGAUUGCUAAGCAGUGCGGUGACUAUAAUGCAGGUCAAACGCAAAGCCCAGAGUCCAUGCCCAUAAGGUCUCAUAAUUUACUGUUGUGCAUUGCUUUAAUAGAGACAAUUCUACUCUUUCUACUGUGUAUCCAUUGUCUCAGUAGAAAAACAGUCAAGCAGAGGACUUGCCUUUCUAUUGCUCUUCUUUUAUGGGCAGCAGCACAUGAAAUGACUGUAAACGAUGAGGGUUUUGUUUGUGUGAUUAUAAAGCAAAUGCCCAAAUUUUCAAGCUACCACUAUCCUGCGUGAUAUUGUAUGUUUUCAUAACAAAAUGCAAAUAAAUUACCCUGGCUGUCAGGACGUUUUCGAUAACGGGUAUCUUAAAUUCAAUAACAAAUAUUUAUUUUUAAUGACAAAUUUGUGUGGCGGCGUGCAGGGUUUCAUUGCUCUGAAGAGUUAUCAUUUACCUGUUGUGACUGUGAUGCCUAAUAGAGGAGAUUAAUUAAUGUGAGCCGCUACCUGACAAAACGAAAAUCCAGUGGUGCUUUGUUUACCCAGAGACUGAACCAGAAAAGCAAGAUUGCAAUCAAGCUCCAAGUUUCUCUGGAAAGCAAGUUCCCCAGAAUACCGCUUGAUUGCCAUUGGUUCACUGCUAUUAAUAUGCAGAUGACGCUUGCAGGAAAUCAGAUAGCUGGCAAGGUUUUCCUUAAAAAUGUGGCAGCAAAGCCAGCACUCACAAAGCAGAUGCCACGCUGAAACAUGCCUGCAUGAUCAAUACCUGGGCCCGUCACUUCCAGAACCUCUGGACUGCAGAGCCGUCCACUUCAAUUCUUUACACGGGGCUUAAAGGCUGUGGCUUUUUAGUGACAUCAUUCAUCGCCAUCUUCAUCUUCAUCAUUAUUGCCACCCUGUCACCAUGGUUUUGAAUGAAGAGCGAGAGUGUGCUGUGUGCUUCCAGGCAUACACGCGCCACGAGCGGAUCCCAAGGGUGCU